AAGAGACACUGCAGGAGAUUGCGGAUGAUGCAGCAGCAAGCCCGUGGCGGGCGGCCUGGCGCGACCAUGACGUCGGACGUCGACGCGCGCUCGAGCCUCUGCUACGAGGCCAACGCCUUCAUCUACCUCCUCCCCGAGGACGUGCCCGGCGGUCUCCUCACGCAGCCUGUCUACGCGCGGGUCGGCGACUCGGUGUCGCAUCCAGUGACGACGAUCCCAUGCGAGGGCUCCCACGCUGCGCUCUCGUUGCCCGCGCUUUCGCUUGGCCACGUCGUCUCGGAAGACGAAGCGCUUGUCGCGAAAACCGGCCUCUGGUAUCGCCACAGUGUCGUCGUCACGGUCAACGACAGCGAGGUCUGUCACGGCCAAGUCAUUGCCUACGACGUCCCGACGCGUAAGGUCACGGUGCGCACGAGCACGGGCCUCUUUACGGUCCAUCAGCGCGAUGUGCAGCGCGCGCCUGAGAUCUGCGCACUCCUGCUUUGGCCGUUUACGUACGCCAGUGCCCAAAAGCUGACAGUCGAUGUGCAUUCGCGGCUGCUCAUGACUCUGGCCUCCGAGAGCUGCCCGGACCUGCCCGACCUUGUGCGCGACCUCGUCGAGCGCAGCAGCGACGACGUGUCCACCGACGAAAUGCUGCCGCAGCCACAUGACAUUCGGCUCUGGCUCGACUUGAGCAAUGGCGUCGACCGCCUCACAACGCUGGCCCACGCCAUCAGCUACUACAAGCAUGCAAUGCUCCGUCUUCGCGUGGACGUUGCGGUCGGGACUUCGAUCUGCGACGACCCGUCGCUUCGGCACAAGACGGCGGCGCCCCCGCCCUUCCACCGACGGCUGUCGUUUUGGCGGGCAUUCGUUGCGCUCGCAGUGCUUUGCGGCAUCAGCUACGUCAUUUACUACAUCGUCACGGGCCGCUUCCACGUCCGCGACAUGUGGCGAUAAGCGCACGUCUGCCCACGCACUAGACGACGAGCGCUUUCGAAUCUAAACCUAAAAGGAAUAUAUAUGUAUGUUGCGUGUAGA